UGUUUACAGUCUUUAGACAUAAUUGACAUGUUUUUUUUUCAUCGGAAGACUCGACAAAAUGAUGGAAAUGGACAAAGGAGAAAAUGCGGCAAAAGGAUCUUUGUUGUGGGACUUGUUGUAAUGUUAGUGAUAAUCACAAUUUCAUCAGUGGCUACUACAAUUUUUGUUUUUACAUCAAAAGAUCAAG